GAGUAGAUCUAAAGUUAAACGCCAACAGCUGUACAUAACCUUAUAAUAAAUGCAGUAGUAGCAAAACACUCAGAGCACGUGUGGUUUAUAAUACAGUUAAUUAAGUGAACCCUUAGGCGAGUAACAUCUUUAACCCCUCUUAAAACAAUGCCGAAGUCAAAACGAGACAAGAAAAUUUCCUUAACAAAAACAAGUAAGAAAGGUAAAGCUUUGAAGGAGAAAGUAAUUGAAGAUGUUAAAUUGUGCGUUGAAAAAUUUCAGAGUGUCUAUGUCUUUACAUAUAAAAAUAUGCGGACAGAUAAAAUGCAAGAUAUCAGGCAAGAAUGGAAACCUAGUAGAUUUUUCUUUGGAAAAAAUAAAGUAAUAGGUUUAGGAUUAGGAAGAACACCCGAACAAGAAAUUAAUGAUGAUUUGCACAAGAUUUCUAAAUGUCUCAAAGGGCCAUGUGGUUUACUAUUUACUGACUGUGAGAAGAAAGAAGUUUUGGAAUGGUUUAGUGAUUUUAGCAUAGAAGAUUAUGCUAGAUCAGGCUUUAAAGUUGAUGUAACUAUAAAACUAAGAGAAGGUCCAUUAAAACAAUUUCCACAUUCAAUAGAACCAUAUUUAAGACAACUAGGAAUGCCUACAAAAUUAGAUAAAGGGGUUGUAACAUUAGUAAAAGAUUAUGAAGUUUGUAAAGAAGGCUCCAUUCUUACUCCUGAACAAGCAAAAAUUUUACAACUUUUGGACUAUAAACUGGCUAAAUUUAAACUUACUUUGAAAGCAUGUUGGAUCAAGGGAGAAGGUUUUGAAAAGUUUCAUUUAGAAGAUGAAACUGAGGAUCAAGGAAUGGAAGAAGAAGAAUGCAUUGACAAUUAAUUAGUAAAGGAGAUUAACUAAAAUAUUGAGAUGUUAAUGUUUUAAUUUUUUUUAUUUUACAAUUAGAAUAUUACAAACA